AUGAUCAUUUGUCGUCUUUCAAUGACUCUUUUUCUCGUAAGUGCCCUCGCAGAAGCCAUAGAUGUCGUCGGAAUGGGCUGCGAUCGCGAUCCGUCUCUGCCGUUUUGCGCAAAAGUAGAAUCGGACUCGGAUACGGCACCUGCGAGGGUGGAAAGAAGAGAACGGGCCGCGGAUCCGGAUGCGGAACGGGAUAAGGUAGCCUGCCGUGAACUGAAACAAGAAUACAACGAAAAAUGCAGCGGCGACAGGCGAGAACAGGAAUUCUGCCAAGCCUUCGAGAACAUAUGCUCAAAAAUCAAUGAGGGCUCGACCUUGAUGAGCAAUUCUCGAGUGCAAGCCGAACUUGCCCCCAUCGACGCCAACGACGGUGAUGACCGCAUUUUCAAGCAUAAAGAGAGGGGAAGGGAAGACUCCGAUACCUCAAGCGCUCCCUUGGCUUCUGGAGGCAAGAAGAAGAAGAAGCGCAUCAACUUCACGCGCUUCUGCAAGGAGUUCAAGACGCGAUACCUCUACAUAUGCCCCGAUCCGUUUAGGUUUGGGCAAAAGGCAGUCCUAUUCUGUCCAAUCUACUCGGAUCAUUGCCACGUUCCAUUGCCCGGCAAGCCGGUACUACCGGAGCGUAAGGGCCGACGGAGUAACAGUGUACAGCGAUUGUGCGCCGCGUACAGGGGCUACGCGGAGCAGUACUGCAACAAUGCCCUCCUCCUCUCCCAACCUCGAUACCGCGACGGAUGCGAAAAGUAUUGGCGAUUUUGUCUGCGCCGGAACGGA